CGCCCAAAAAAAUGGGUUGCCAAAAUUGUCUUACUAGAGAGGUGUUUGAAGUAGAAAAGUAGUUGAUGGUACCUAACUACAAGACCUAACUAAUCAGUAAUCAGUUCCCAACGCAAAGAUGUUGUCUCGGAGGUCCAUUGUUGGAUAUUCCAAUUUUCGAAUGUGCGCAGGAUUCCUCCUCUUCCCUCGCACUUCUUCUUCUUCACCCAAUUGCAAACACAGCUCUAACCAUUUCUGUUGUCAUCUUCAAAAACACAAACCAACUCUUCUCAACUCCUCCCAUUUUCUCUCUCCUCUUACCUCCUCCUCAACUUUCUCUUCAAUGGCGUCCGCCUCACACAAACCGUUGCAUUAUCCGCUCUCACGCCGUGACGAUUCUGUCGUCGAUGAUUACUUCGGCGUCCAAGUCGCCGAUCCUUAUCGUUGGGUUGAAGAUCCGGAUUCUGAAGAAACAAAGGAGUUUGUGGAGAAUCAAGUGAAGCUAACUGAUUCAGUGCUUGGAGAAUGCGAGACAAGAGAUAAGUUUAAAGAGAAGAUGACUGAGCUUUUCGAUUAUCCGCGGUUUUAUGUUCCGUUUAAGCGUUGUGAUAAGUAUUUCUACUUCCAUAACACUGGCCUCCAACCGCAAAUUGUCCUUUAUGUUCAGGAUAGCCUGGAUGGAAAGCCAGAGGUGCUGCUUGAUCCUAAUCAGCUUAGUGAGGAUGGAACUGUGGCUUUGAGCACUUAUUCUGUAAGCGAGGAUGCCAAAUAUUUUGCAUAUGGUUUGAGUACAAGUGGGAGUGACUGGGUGACAAUCAAAGUAAUGAGAAUUCAAGAUAAAGGGGCUGAACCUGACACUCUAUCCUGGGUUAAGUUUAGUGGUAUUACUUGGACGCAUGACAAUAAAGGUUUCUUCUAUAGCCGCUACCCAGCACCCAAUGAAGGGCAAACAUCAGAUGCUGGAACCGAGACAAAUUCUAACCUUAACCAAGAGCUGUGCUAUCAUGUUCUUGGAACUGACCAGUCUGAGGAUAUUGUGUGUUGGAGAGACCCUGAGAACCCGAAACACUUAUUUGGGGCCGAAGUGACAGAUGAUGGAAAGUAUCUUCUUCUAUCUACUUCAGAGAGCUGUGAAGUAGUGAAUAAAUUGUACUAUUUAGAUUUAACAACACUGCCUGAUGGGAUUGAUGGUUUUCGUGAGGGAAAAGACUUGCUCCCUUUCACAAAGCUCAUUGAUACGUUCGAUGCGGCUUACAACACUGUUGCUAAUGAUGAUACAGUAUUUAUUUUUCGAACUAAUAAGGAGGCUCCGAGGUAUAAGUUAGUUCGCGUUGAUUUGAAGGCCCCGGGAGUAUGGACUGAUGUCAUUCCGCAGUCUGAGAAGGAUGUGCUUGAAUCAGCCUGGGCUGUCAAUGGAAACCAUCUUCUUGUCUGUUACUUAACUGAUGUGAAGCAUGUCCUUGAGGUUAGAGAUCUUCAAACCGGUUCUCUAUUGCAUAACUUACCCUUUGACAUUGGAUCAGUCGAUGACAUCUCUGCAAGGAGAAAAGACAGUGUGGUGUUUUUUAGGAUUACAAGCUUCCUGUCUCCAGGCAUAAUUUACCAUUGUGACUUAAAAUCUGAUGUUCCAGAAUUGAAGAUAUUCAGAGAAAUUGUUGUCCCUAAAUUUGAUCGUGAUGAGUUUCAGGUUGAUCAGGUUUUUGUUUCCAGUAAAGAUGGUACUAAGGUACCAAUGUUCAUAGUUGCAAGAAAGGGAAUUGUUUUGGAUGGAUCACAUCCAUGUUUAUUAUACGGUUAUGGUGGAUUUAACAUAAGCAUCACACCAUCCUUUGGUGUCAGUCGCAUUGUUCUCUUAAAGCACCUUGGUGCCGUUUUUUGCAUUGCUAAUAUCCGUGGUGGUGGUGAAUAUGGAGAAGAAUGGCAUAAGGCAGGAUCCAUCUCAAAGAAGCAGAACUGCUUUGAUGACUUCAUUUCUGCUGGUGAGUUUCUUGUUUCCAAUGGUUAUACCCAGCCAAAAAAGCUGUGUAUAGAAGGUGGAAGUAAUGGUGGGCUUCUUGUUGGUGCUUGUAUUAAUCAGAGACCUGACAUCUUUGGUUGUGCUCUGGCUCAUGUUGGUGUUAUGGACAUGCUUCGAUUCCAUAAAUUUACUAUUGGUCAUGCCUGGACAUCGGAUUAUGGUUCCUCUGAUAAAGAAGAUGAAUUCCACUGGCUAAUAAAGUACUCGCCUCUACACAAUGUUAGGAGACCAUGGGAGCUAUCAUCUGAUCGAACUGCACAGUACCCAUCUACCAUGUUAUUGACAGCUGACCAUGAUGACCGUGUGGUGCCUUUGCACUCACUUAAAUUUCUGGCUACAUUGCAACAUGUUCUUUGCACAAGCUUGGAGAAUAGCCCUCAAAAGAAUCCAAUUGUUGGUAGAAUUGAGUGCAAGGCUGGUCAUGGAGCAGGACGCCCAACUCAAAAGAUGAUUGAUGAGGCAGCAGAUCGUUAUGGCUUUAUGGCUAAGAUGGUAAAUGCUUCGUGGACUGACUAAAAAUUGCUACUCAAAAGUGAAGGCGUGAUUCUGAGUCAGUACCAGGUACUAGUUGGUGCUUGCAUAAAUCAGGUAGAGUCCAGAUCUUUUCGGUUGUGGUUUGGCUCAUGUUGGUGUCAUGAACAUGCUUCGAUUUCACAAAUUUACUAUAGGGCAUGCUUGGACUGCGAAUUUUGGUUGUUCAGAUAAAGAGGAAGAUUUUAAGUCGAUAAUUGAGUUAUUAACCAUCUGAACUUAAGUACUGUAAUAACUACUACUUAGUUAGAAAUGGAUUGAUUUGAGAUGAUCAAUGUUGAUCGAAUUGGGAAUCAGUUCUCAGUACCUGAUUUUUAUUGAUCUGAACUGUUUCUUUUAGCUAUGAUAGAAACCUUUUGACACUGUUUUGGCUGAAAUGAAUAUGCUUUAGAUAUUCACCGCCUCAUAAUGUUAGAAGGCCAUGGGAAAACUCUUUUGGGAGAUACAUACAGUAUCCGGCAACCAUGAUACUGACGGCUGAUCAUGAUGACCGCGUUUUACCAUUGCACUCGCUUAAGUUGCUAGCAACUGCAAUAUACACUUUGUACAAGCGUAAGAAGGAGUCCGCAUAUUAAUAUUAUUGUGGGGCGGAUUAAAUGCAAGGCUGACUUUGGAUGUGAAAGGAGAUUGAUAUGAUGAAGCUGCUGACAGGUAUAGUUUCAUCGUUAAGACGUUGGAUGCUGCACGGAAUGACUAGUUUUAUGUCCCUCAACAUUGACUAGCAAAUUUAAAUAUUAUCUUGAGUUCGAGUGGGAAUCAUUCAACACUUCUAGCUACUUCGCCUAUGGUCACGUGUCACUAUAACGGUUCCUUCUGAUCCUAGAAUAGAAAACGCUGGGAGAAUGGAUAGGUGAUUACAUGAAGCUAAAAGGUGGUUCCAAAGAAAGAGGAGAUGUCGAUCUACAACUACAGUUUCGCCUUACUUUAAAUAGAUUUUUGUACAUAACUUAUUUAUCACGUUCGUCAGUGGAUUCAGGGUCUGUUUCAGUGAAUAUCCUCUUUUCUGCACCAUAAGUCAGUUUGCGAUAUUUUGACAUUCACAAUUGUUAAUCUUAAUUGUCAGUAUAUUUAAUCAUAAAUUUAUAAGAAUUAUUAAAAGUUUAUAUUUUGAAAAUA